CGCCAGCAGCCGCGAGGGAAAGUGUUGUUGUAGUCGAGGAAAUAUAUCAGAGGACAUUUUUGUGAAGAAGGACAAAAAGACAGUUAAGUAACACGUAUUUCGUCAGUCCCGAGAAGGCCCAGCUCAGCAGGAAGCCACAAAAGACCCCCGUUGAUCUGAGUCAGUAACUUGAACCUUGACCUGACGCGAGGACCGGGGAGCGCCCCUUCGGCACAUGGUCACCGCCCAGCUGGACCUUGUACCGCUGACGUGGGAGCAGAAGGAGGAGGAGGAGGAGGAGGCGGUGGUGGUGAUUCGAGUCGUCCUCGAAUCGUAAUUCACGGGCGAGAAGGGCACACGCGUCCGGCACAAGGGAAAGACGGUGUUGUUGGCGAGCCAUUACCCAGCAGAAGGCAGUGUGUCUGCGGCCAGGAUGGCGGUGGCACUUACAAAUCUCGCGUUGGCGACGCUGUGGACCUUAGCUGCGGGGGCUGUUCCUCCCGCCCCCCCGCCCGCCGCCGCCUCGCCCAGUAAUGCUGUCACGACGUCGCAUCCGUUCUUGGCCUCGAAGGAGAGCACCUUCAUCAACGCCAGCGAGAGUGCGUCUGUCGCGGGCGGUUGGACGUGCCCCCACGUGGGCGGCGUGCUGGGCAUCUCGUGUACCUGCGACGUGCCCCACACGGUGCGGUGUCGCGGCCAGGCGGACCGGCCGCAGGACCUGACGCUGCUCACCCAGACCCUGAACGCGGAGGGCAGCAUCUCCCUGCUGGACAUGGCCAUCCAUGGCCUGGGGGAGAUCCCGGGGGGCGGCUUCGCGCACAUGGAGCUCCUGGGGCUCGUCAUAACCACGGCGGGGCUCGAGACGCUGCCCGCCGAUGCCUUCGCCGGCAUAGAAUCGACUCUGGCCGCCCUGGGCCUGCCGAAUAACAAGCUCACCGCCAUCCCCAUCGACGCGCUGAAGAUCCUGAAGCACCUGCAGCGCCUGGACUUGAGCGACAACAACAUCCAGGAGCUCCCCCCUCACGCCUUCCCGACUCUCCUCCAGCUGCAGAACCUGAAUCUGGCCGGCAAUGGCCUGCACCUGCUGCACCCGGAGGCGUUCGUGCGCCUGCCACAUCUCGUUUCGCUCGACCUCGCCCGAAACCAGCUGGAUGCCGCACAGCUCAACGAGAAGACGCUGCGAGGAUUGCACGCCCUGCAGCGCCUCUCGGUGCAGUCGAACCUCUUGAAGGGCGCUGUAACGUCCUCCCUCAUCACGGGAGCUAAGGGCCUCACCUCCCUUGACCUGUCCGAUAAUGAACUGACCGCUGUCUCCAGAGGUGCUCUUGGCAACUGCCCCAGCCUGCAGGACCUCGACCUGUCUCACAACAAGAUCGAUGUGAUUGAGGACCACGCUUUCGUCAACUUGAGCCAACUGCACCACCUCAAGUUGUCUCAUAACCGGGUCGUGGCCGUGUCGGGCUGGUCUCUCGCCCACCUCCCUCGCCUCACGCACCUCGCCCUCGCCGACAACGCCCUUCGUGCUGUCACUGCCGACUUGGUGCACCAGCUGCCGUCCCUCGUGUCCCUGGAUCUGGCAGCCAAUGACAUUUCCAUUGUGCAGCCCCACGUGUUCAGCUCGACGCCAGUACUGCAGCAUCUUGUUCUUUCUGAUAACCCCCUUCACUGUGAUUGCACAAUUGAAUGGUUCGUCGAGUGGUUAAUCGGCCACACACCAGAGCAGAAGAAUGCAGUUUGUGCUACCCCGCCAACCCUAGAAAAUGCUCCUCUGAUCGAACUAAAGAAAUCUCAGCUAGUUUGCUCAGACGAAAACGCCUAUCAUGAUUACUACCAUGACUAUUAUCACGACUAUUACCAUGAUGAGGGGACGGCCGAAGAUACACCUGACAUGCGGCUGUCGGAUGCAGAGAUCAGCUUGCAGGUGGCACACUGGAUAUCCAAGAAAAGCGAAGAAUUAAGAUUUGCUGAUGCCGAGGUGCUGAGCGAUAACCAGCCUAGUGUCGAGCUCAUAUGGAGGGUCGAUGAGCGUGCGAUCCCGUACUCUUGCGAAGCCGUCUAUGUGUACGAGGUGGUGAAAGGAGUGUCCGAUUCUCACCAGGUGUUGGCGGAAAAGGUUUCGGCAAACUGCAGCUCUGACAGGACCAGCGACCCUCACCGUGUAGCUGUAACGAUUCCUGGAGAAGCACUCGUACCUGGUUCCACCUACAGGUACUGCCUCAUGUUGCUCGAAAGGGGAACAGGUGACCAGGAGGCCUUUUUGCCAGGCUGCUCAGAGCCACUUCUCUUGGCCGCUCCUCCAUUUGGCCGCACGGAAAAUGACAUGUCAGUGACUCCGCAAAUUACAAGUCUAACUGCCGGGGGAGUUGCUGGCAAAUUGGUGGUACAUACGCGCGUCGACGGAAUCAUAGCACCUUGUACUUACACACUCGCCAUUAUCUCAGGGCACAGAGUUGCAGCGACGAGACAACUCAAUUGUUCAGAGGCAAGACACGAAUUCCCGACGUUAGUGCCUGGAAAAUACAUUGCUUGUGCCGAUCCGGAUAUUCCUAGCAUAACUCACAACCUCAACCACUUGGAACACUAUCUCAGCACGGUCUCAAACGUGACCAUAGCCCUCCACCAUGCUUUCUCCAUCUGCACUCCCACCAUAAUCGUCGAGCCGUACAAAGAGCAGGUCGUCGGAGGCGAGCCGCUGCUUAUACUGCUCUUUACGUUGCCAGGACUCGCCCUUGUGGUCACACUAUACGUCAUUGCCAGGAGAGUGUGGCGAGGGGGCGGAGUACCCUGGCGCUGGGACCCACGUGCACAAAAGUCUGGCAAAUACUUCCUCUACACCGGGGAGGUUGCCACGCCCUCACUAAGCCUGGACCCUCUCCCUGCUGACCCUCCCGAGUCCACUACUCCAGUGUAGCCUUCAUCUUCAUCACUCCUGCAUUCUUGUGAAAUAUUCCCAUGUCCCAAUCUACAUAAUUUAUUUCUAGUCCUAUAAUAGUCAAACCCAUUCUGCUGAGUAACUGGUUGCACAUUACCUGCCAGGGUACUUGUCCUUGUAGUAGUAUGGCAGCAGCCAAAGUGCCAUGCAAAAUUUAUUUGGGAAUGUGAUGUGAUGUGGAUGUAGGAUGUACAUAGUGACAUGACAUUCAAGCAUUUUUCACCAGUGUGCUGUUUGAAUGAUAGAAAAAUAGCUUUACAUGACAAUUCUAAGAAAAAAAUAAUGUCUGGUCAGUGAAAAUACAGCAGUGACAUAAGUGCCAUACAAUUCCUGGCAGUUAUGGAGAAAACAAUGCAAACUAGUGUCCAAUUACUGUAUUAUAUCUUAAAGUGGAAGAGCUAAGUGUUUACUACAGAAACUUGAACAGUGGAGUUUUUGGAUUAUGAAUAUGACACCAAGUAUAUUGUUUUAGGUUUAGCACUGGUUUUUAGCUUUAAAAUGUCAGUGUAUUAACAGUUUGAUCAUCCAUCACAGAAUGUUUUAUGAUAUUCAUUUCAAUACACAGUGUACUUACAAUAUUAACAAAUCAUUACUAACUUCAGUGUAUACUUUUAUGUACAUGUGUGGAAAAUACCUUUGUAUGUAAUUAAGUAUACAACAAUAUAUAUGAACAGAAACAAACAUCCUGUGCACACACAUCCAGUUACACACACUUAUGCACAUGCAUCCACAUUACUUCAUAGUCCACCAAACAAAACAAAAUUAUCAAAUAUCAAAAACUUCUGUGUCACUAUUCAGUUACACAGUAGACUAUGAGCAGAAAUAUAUGUUUUUUUUUUAAUAAGUCAAGAGUACCAGAUUUGUAUUGUUGAUGUAAAUAAACAUUUUUCAUAUCAACAGACGUAUCACAAGAAAAAUAAUUUUGUCACUAGGCUUCCUUAUGUAUGAUCUCAUGUUCUUGUAACUAUACAAAGAGUGCACAUUAUGCAGUAGUAAAUAGAACCUUGUACAUGUACUUUUGUAUCUGAACGAAACCUUCAAAUGUUCACAAUUAUCAGGUGUUGCAAUUGUGUGAUGUGAAGUAUGUUUCAGUUGUGAUUUCCUUCACACUUCAUUCAUAUCUUUUACUGUUAGAAUUUUGAAUGAAGUGAUGAGUAAUUUUUUUUUUUUUUUUU